AUGGGUAUUCCCAAGUUUUUCCACUUCAUCUCUGAGAGAUGGCCUCAAAUCUCACAAUUGAUUGAUGGUUCACAAAUACCUGAGUUUGACAACUUAUACUUGGAUAUGAAUUCCAUUUUGCAUAAUUGUACGCAUGGUGAUGGUACUGAAGUUAAUUCCAAACUUUCAGAAGAAGAUGUCUAUUCGAGAAUUUUCAGUUAUAUAGACCAUUUGUUCCAUACUAUCAAGCCUAAACAGACAUUCUUCAUGGCAAUUGAUGGUGUUGCGCCAAGAGCUAAGAUGAAUCAACAGAGAGCUCGUAGAUUUAGAACUGCUAUGGAUGCAGAAAAAGCAAUGCAAAAAGCUAUUGAGAAUGGUGACGAAUUACCCAAGGGUGAACCAUUCGAUUCAAAUGCUAUCACACCAGGUACAGAGUUCAUGGCUAGACUUACCGAUAACUUGAAGUAUUUUAUUCAUGAUAAGAUUAGUAACGACACCAGAUGGCAAAAUGUUCAAGUCAUAUUUUCAGGACACGAAGUUCCAGGUGAGGGUGAGCAUAAAAUUAUGGACUAUAUAAGAGCUAUCAGAGCUCAAGACGACUACAAUCCAAAUACAAGACAUUGUAUCUACGGGUUAGAUGCUGAUUUGAUCAUCUUAGGGUUAUCGACUCAUGAUCACCACUUUUCUUUGUUGAGAGAAGAAGUCACCUUUGGCAAACGUUCGUCAAGUGUGAAGACCUUAGAGUCUCAAAAUUUCUAUUUGUUGCAUUUAUCUAUACUAAGAGAGUAUUUGGAAUUGGAAUUUCAGGAAAUUACUGACGCCCUACAAUUCGAUUACGAUUUCGAAAGAGUUUUGGAUGAUUUCAUCUUUGUAUUAUUUACAAUCGGUAACGAUUUCUUACCCAAUUUGCCUGAUUUGCACUUAAAGAAGGGUGCUUUCCCUGUUCUUCUACAGACGUUCAAAGAAGCCCUACAGCACAUGGAUGGUUACAUCAAUGAACAAGGUAAGAUAAAUUUGGCAAGAUUUUCAAUUUGGCUAAAGUAUCUAUCCGACUUUGAAUAUCUAAAUUUUGAAAAGAAAGAUAUUGACGUUAACUGGUUCAACCAACAAUUAGAAAACAUAUCUUUGGAAGGUGAACGUAAACGUCAACGUAUGGGAAAGAGACUAUUGAUGAAACAACAGAAAAAGCUAAUCGGUGCUGUUAAACCAUGGUUAUUAAAAUCUGUUCAACGUAAAAUGACACCAGAUGUUGAUGAGAACGAUAUUGAAAUUUUCCCAUUGGAGGAAAAGGAAGUUGUAUUAGCAAAUUUGGAUUUCUUGAAGGAGUUUGCAUUCAAUUUGGGAUUAAUCCUUGCCCAUUCACAAAGCAAAGACAUGUAUUAUUUCAAAUUAGACCUAGAUUCUAUUAAUAUGCAGGAGACGGACGAAGAACAUGAAGCACGUAUUCAUGAAACAAGACGUUCCAUCAAAAAAUAUGAGCAAGGUGUGGUCAUUGCUUCUGAAGAAGAAUUGGAAGAAGAACGUGAAAUUUACAGUGAGAGAUUCGUGGAAUGGAAAGAUAAGUACUACAAGGACAAGUUGGAAUUUUCGAUUAAAGACACUGAUAAGUUGAAAGAAAUGACAGAAAACUAUGUUGAGGGUCUACAAUGGGUUUUGUACUAUUACUACCGUGGUUGUCCAUCAUGGUCGUGGUAUUAUAGGUAUCAUUAUGCCCCACGUAUAUCUGAUAUUAUUAAAGGUAUCGAUCAAAAGAUAGAGUUUGAAAAAGGCACUCCAUUUAAACCUUUCCAACAAUUGAUGGCUGUUUUACCUGAAAGAUCAAAAAAUUUGAUUCCAGUUGUGUACAGGCCACUUAUGUAUGACGAACACUCUCCAAUUUUGGACUUUUACCCCAAUGAAGUAGAAUUAGACUUAAACGGUAAAACUGCAGAUUGGGAAGCAGUGGUGAAGAUUUCUUUUGUUGAUCAGAAACGUUUGAUCGAAGCUAUGGCCCCUUAUGAUGCUAAACUCUCUCCGGAAGAGAAAAAGAGAAACUCUUUUGGAACAGAUCUGAUUUUCAUUUUUAAUCCACAAGUUGAUACCAUCUACAAAACACCACUUUCUGGUUUCUUUAAUGAUAUUGAACACAAUCAUUGUAUUGAAAGAGAGUUUAUUACAGAAUCACCUGAAAACAUAAAGUUCUUGUUUGGUUUGCCUAAAGGUGCAAAACUUGGUGCCAGUGCAUUAGCUGGUUUCCCAUCUCUCAAAACAGUUCCGCUAACCGCUGGGCUUGAAUAUAAUUCAUCUGUUGUUUUUAAUUUCCCUUCAAAACAACAAUCUAUGGUAUUACACAUUCAAGAUGUCUUCAAAGAGAACCACAUUUCUCUAUCGGAUUUGGCAAAACGUCACAUAGGUAAAGUGAUCUAUUCAAGAUGGCCAUAUCUAAGAGAAUCAAAGCUUCUUUCUAUAAUCACUGAAGAUACCAUUUAUGAAAGUAUCUCCACUGGUAAAACAUCAAAAUUAAUGGAAAGAAGGCCACAGGACUUCGAAAGAAAGGAAUUUAGGGAGUUAAAACAUAGCUUGAAAUCAAAUUACCAAAGAACAAAAGCGGUAAUUUUGGACGAUGUCUAUGCAGUUGCUAAGGUUAUUCCAGUUAAUGGUUUAGUUAGAAACCAAGAUGGUUCCUACUCUAAGUCCUUCAGUGAUGAAAUAGAGUUUUAUCCACUUCAACUAAUAGUUGAAGAUGUUGAAAAUAAGGAUGAAAGAUUUGCUGAAAAAGAAGCUUUGCCAAUUGAUAAAGAAUUCCCAGAAGGAUCUAAAGUCGUGUUUUUAGGUGAUUAUGCCUAUGGUGGUGAAGCAACAAUUGAUGGUUAUAAUAGUGCAACCAGAUUAAAGCUCACUGUCAAAAAGAGUUCCAUAAGGGCUGAACCAAAUAUCGGUAAAGUAAGAGCAAAGUUAGAUAGUCAGGCCUUGAAAUAUUAUUCGACUCAAGCAUUCUCAAAAAUAACCAGAGUUCAUCCACUAUUUUUGUCAAAGAUUACCUCAAGGUAUUUAGUCGUCGACUCUAAAAAGAAGUCCUAUAACGUUGGUUUAAUGAUCAAAUUCAAGGCACGUAACCAAAAGGUUCUUGGGUAUGCCAGAUGUAGCUCCAACAAUUGGGAAUAUUCAGACCUUGCUCGUGGUUUAUUGGAACAGUUUAGAUCCACAUUCCCAGAAUUCUUUAUCAGACUUUCCAACUCUAAGGAACAAGCAAUUCCUUCAAUUACCGAUAUAUUUUCGGAUAAGUCACCAGUAGAGGCAGAUGCUAUCUUGAAAUCUGUAGCUGAUUGGGUCUCUGAAGCUAGAAAGCCAUUUGUUGUAGUCUCUUUAGAGAGUGACUCUUUGACAAAAGCAUCAAUGGCCGCUGUUGAAAGUGAAAUAAUCAAAUACGUUUCUUUACCAGAUUCAACUGAGGAAAAGAAACUCGCCAAAGUACCCCGUGAAGCUAUCCUCAAUGCAGAAUCUUCGUAUGUGUUGUUACGUUCUCAAAGGUUCCAUCUUGGUGACAGAGUUAUGUAUAUCCAGGCUUCUGGUAAAGUGCCACUUCAUAGCAAAGGUACAGUUGUUGGUUAUACUACUAUUGGAAAGAAUGUUUCUAUUCAAGUUUUAUUCGACAAUGAAAUUGUUGCAGGUAACAACUUUGGUGGUAGACUACAAACAAGACGUGGUUUGGGGUUGGAUUCUUCCUUCCUUUUGAAUUUGUCGGACAGACAAUUGAUCUACCACUCUAAGGCUUCCAAGGAUGUCCAAAAGAAGUCAACUACCACUUCUAACAGUAAGCAGUCGAUGCUUGCAAAGAAGAAGAAGGUUGAAGAAUUAAAGAAAAAACAAGCUCAUGAGCUAUUGAAUCAUAUCAAAAAAGAUAAUGGGAAAGAAGAAAAUGGAAGUGAAACAUCUGGCCAAACGGGACCCCAAAUUUCAGUAAAUGCUCUGAACCCAUCGGCUGCCAGCAAUGUGUUUAAUGCGGUUCUGAACCAAAUUCAACCAGUUAUGCAACAUCCAAUUCCACAACCACCGCCAGGAACUGCUCUUCCAUAUAAUUUCCCAGUGCCUCCUUCUAUGAUGGUUAACGGUGUUGCUCCUCCACAUAUGAUGCCACCGCAGUUUUUGCCAAACGGGCAACCAAUGGCACCCAUUCCGGUUCCACAAUACUCACAAGCUCCAAAAGUUGAACAGCCUGUAAAUGAACCUGCGGUAGAUGAGGAAGCAUCUAGAAGUCUCAAGAAUCUCUUGCUUCAUGAUGAUCAUGAGAAGCCUUCUGGCAAAUCGGGAGACGUUGGUAACUCAUCCGGAAAACCUACUCGUGGGCGUGGUGGAAAUCGUGGUAGAGGAAACAACAGAGGUCGUGGUGGAAGUAGAGGUGGAAAGAGAGGUGGAUUUUCUAGAGGUGGAAAAGCCUCCGGGAAAUCCGAAAAUUCAGCGUAA